GCGCCUCAUUACCACACGAAUAGAUGAUGAGCUGUCAAGGCAUGUCAAUUUCCUUUAAUGUUCUCUGCUACUUGUUAAAUAUGCAGAGGGCCAGAGGGAGGGGGGUAUAUAAGCUCUCCUGGACCCUCGACCUGUCAUUCUGACCUCAGUGCAUCAUGAGCGCGCACGGAGCUUUGCGCCUGGCCUGCUGCCAGCUUCUGCUUCUUGGAGUAUUUGGAAAGCACAAUAAUCAAGGCACGAGGAAUACGUCACCCAGAGCCGAGAGAAGCCAAGGGCAUCAUUUACCCACAUACAUGAUGCAGCUCUACCGGCACUUCAAGCUCAACCAAACUCAGCAUCUGGAGCACGAGCACGCGGACACCAUCAAGAGCAUCCUCUCCAAGAGUUUGACCAAUCAAGACACACACUACGUCACACACUUCGAUCUUUCCUCAGUUCUGUCCGAGCGUCAGAUCCAUGCGGCGGAGCUGAGGAUUCGUAUUCCCAAAGAAACGCAGCAAACGAACAUCACGGUGGAGAUCCGACACCAGCAGGACCAGUCCCUGGGUCAGCUGUCCGAUUCCUCUCUGAUGAGCGUCUCCCAUCACUGGAGGGUCUACAACGCCACAGACCUGCUCCUAAACUGGAUCGGCCCCAAACUCUCAGAGAGGAGAGCAGCGAGACACGCUCUUCCCUCCGGGAGUAAAGCAGCAGGCGGGAUCCGUCACAGAGCCAUGCUGCUGGUCUUCUCACACACCAUCUCUGGACAGAGCGAGCAGGACCGAGCCAGUCUCCUGCACACAGCCGAGAAGUCCAAGUUCUUGUUUAACAGCGAAGGAAAGGAGGUGCGGAGAGACAAGCCACACAGGAGCAAGCGGGGCCGCAGGGGACAGCCGGUGAGGAACCUGGAGCUGCUCCGGGGCACGGCGGAGAAGAGCUCCAUGUGCAGGAGAGUCGACAUGCAUGUGGACUUCAGUCAGAUCGGAUGGAGCUCCUGGAUCGUCUUCCCUAAGAAGUACAACGCGUACCGCUGCGAGGGGAGCUGCCCAAACCCUCUGAACGAAGACCUUCAUCCCAACAACCACGCUUACAUGCAGAGUUUGCUGAAGUACUACCAUCCCAGCAGAGUUCCCUCGGCCUGCUGCGCUCCGACCAGGACGAGUCCCCUCAGCAUGCUUUACUACGAGAACGGAGAGCUGAUCCUCAGACACCACGAGGACAUGCUGGUGGAGGAGUGCGGCUGCCUGUGACAGCUUCAUCAGCGCUGCUAACGAACAUCUCAAUCAGAGCUCAGACAUCAUCAUCAGCCAGAUCAUCUCAGAGACGGAAACGCCACACUGACCUGUUCAUGCAUUAAGAGUUUCCCACUCACACUGUCUGAUCGUCUGGGGAAGAGAUGGAAAAUAAGAACAGAAGAAAAACAUUCUCUUCAUUUGUCUUCUGGAAAAUCUGGAAUAUUGCGAUCAGUCCUAGAAACUGUUAAACGGAUUUAAAAGAUCUCAAGCACUGUCUAUGUAUUUACAAUCGCACCAUGUGGUAGAGAGACUAUGUAAAUAUUUAUUGUAAAUAAUACAUAAAUAAAGCCUUGAUAUUUAUGUAAAUAUAAUAUAUUAAUCUUUGUAUAAAGAAUGGAGAUCAGACUAUAUUAUUUUUG